AUGUCUGAUGAUGAUACUAUUGGACCUCUGCCAUCUGAAAUGAUCCUUAACUCGGAGGACGAGGAUACAAACUCCGGUGAACAGAAAUCAAAAAAACGAAGAGCUUCAGAUGACGAAAGGGACGAUGUCGUUGGUCCACUUCCAACGGAGAUGCAACGGAACGAGGGGUCUGGCGAUGAAGCUGAUCCACCUCCUGCAAAACAAAAAAAGAAAAUUCUGAAGAACGAGGCAAUUUUCCUACGGAAUAUUCCAACCGCUCAAUACUACGAAGUGAGCUAUAUGCAUCGGAACGUCAUUACGCAUGUGGUCUACACAAAGUAUGUAUUCACUUUCCGCGGAUAA